AUGCUCCCCCACGUGACUGCAUCAGCGUGCGCACGCGCGCCCUGGCGUGCACGCACUCGCACAGGCGAGUCUCCUCCACUGGCAUCAUCCGAUCCCACGACGCGAGGCAUGAACUACGCCACGUGUUACCACAGUAACACUGAUGCAGAUCAGCCUGUUUACUUCACCACCAAUUGCUCUCUCGAUUUGGUGAUGGCUCCCACACAAAGUGUGCGCGUGCACGAUUCUUUUGAGGUGCAAUUUGCAUGCCCAAAUGAUACUGCGGCCACUAGAGCCUCGGCAUUUGCCCGUGCCUCAGGCCUUCAGGCUAACGCAGUCAACGACGCUGCUGAGAGAUACUUCACUUCCAACCGCCUAACCUUACCAAGUCUGGAAACUCGUCGCAUUGCCCGACAACAAAUCAGCGAAUCCGCCUGUGAACGAUAUACCCGCGUGAUUGAUCAAUUGAGUGCUCAACAAAGUGACCGCCAGGGGAGCCAGUCUCCGCACUCACGCCACCACAGUCCACCGUCUAGACUCCUCUCCUCCUUCAGAACCCAUAUUGAUCCCAAUCCUAAGCUCUCAAGGCUGGAACACUGCCAAACUACUCUUGAGUCAAUGGAAGAAAUGACCCCAGAACAGAAAAUCUCAACUAAAAGGGGGGAACAGGACUAUGUACAGAAAAAGACAUUCACAAAUUGGAUGAACACCUAUCUCAUCAAGGCCAACCCGCCAAUCAAAGUAAAUGAUCUGUUUGAGGAGAUUCGAGAUGGUGUGGUGCUUAUUCGACUGCUGGAGAUUCUCUCAAGGGAGACUCUGCCAGUCAAUAUAACUGCGGAUAUGAAACCGGCUCAUUGUUUAAGCAAUGCGAAGACCGCACUUGACUUCUUGGGUACUAAAAAAAUUAGGCUUGUGAAUAUCAACCCCGUGGAUAUUGUGGAUGGAAGACCAAAAAUUGUCCUCGGCCUGAUUUGGAUCAUUAUUCUCUACUUCCAGAUUGAAGAACAGGAGGAAAUGUUGUUGGAGCUUUUGGGCAUACCAAAGACCGGAAACAGAAGCAAGAUCACGGCAAAGCAGGCUCUAACAACGUGGGUACAGAAUGCUUUCAGCGAGAAAUUCAACAUUGAUAUCAAAGACUUUGGACCCAGUUGGCGAGAUGGCGUGGCGUUCAACGCAAUCGUCCACAGCAUAGAUCCCAGGCUGGUGGAUAUGCGAGAGGUGGAGCGAGGAAGUAAUCGAGAAAACCUUCACCGAGCGUUCACAGUGGCUGAGGAGAAGUUGGGUAUCCCAAAAAUUUUGGAUCCUGAAGAUGUGGACGUCGAAAAACCUGAUGAAAAGUCAAUUAUGACCUAUGUGGCACAAUUUUAUAAGGCUUAUCCGGAAACAGGAAAAGCUAAAACUCUGACUUCCGAUGAGCAGGAACAGCGACAAUUCACGGAAUUCCUUGACACCCUACAAGAGGCAGAAAGUCGCAUCACUGAGUCUAUUCAAAUGAAUGAGGACUUUAAGACGGCCUAUUCGGUCUACAUAACCACAGUGGAGCUAAUUGAGAAGUACUCUAAAUUCGUUGACCUCCUACAACAAAAGGCUGACGACUGCAUUCUAGUCGGUGGACAAUACAGUCCACGUUCCGGUCUGGACGCCUUCAAUCACUUCGAGGAACGUUUGAAGGAGUGGCGAUGGUGGCUAUUGGAGCGACUUCCAGGCGACCUUCGACAAAGCGGACGAUGGAUGGUUUUAGUGGAACAAUGGAUGGAGCAGGUGGACAUUGGAUGGAGUCAGGAUGAGGAAGAUGGUAUUCCACUACCAGGCAAUGAGGAGACGAUCCAUAAAUUGAUGGAAGAACAGACUAAGAUAUUUGGACCUGAAGUUGACAACGCCGUAACGGAGGCCACCCGACUCAAAAAGUUCUUAGCAAAGUCAGACCUGGACGAAUCGGUUGCGGAAAAGCUGGAGGAAACUAUGGAAGAGGUUAUGAACAAGGUGGAUGGAUAUGUAGUGGUAUUGGGAGCCUCUGGUUGUUACAGAAGUGUCCUCAAUGCAAUGCAAGAGUCGAACCUUGGAGAAUUGAUUGAAGAGUGGGCAGAGCUGAUUUCAGGAAAUCGGCAGAAUGAAACCCUGGCCUUGGUGAUCAGUGCUCAUGAGGCAUUCAUGCCCUGGGAGGAAAAAUUCGCGCUUUCUGGAGCCAACCCGAGUCCAGUGAGUGACUUAACCAACAGGUUGAAGAGUGUAGUGCAAUUAGAGCAAUCAGCUCGACCUCUCCCACUUGGUGCGACCUCCGAGGUGAUUGGUUACUGGCUUCAGCGCACUGCGGAUGCAUUUCACCCUGCCUCGCUGGACGACAUCUCGCUAAGGGAGCUGGGUCAACGUCUAGAGGAGCGGAUUCAGGCCUGGAAAACCUAUGAGACUAAGCUCAACGAGGCUGUGGCACAAAUGGAGGAGGUAUAUAGACACCUGAAGAGUGACCACGUAGGCAGCAAGAAGGUGAAUCUAGAAGUUAUCGAAGAGAUGCUUCAAGAGGCAGAGACGGCAGCCGGAGCAUUGGGAACACAAACUCAACUCAGUUCGGUGGCCAUCUCACUCCGACAGCUUGAAGAAUUGAAAGUAAUGAUUGAAGAAAAGGCUCGAGAAGAGGAGCUUUUAAGAGAGGCAGUGGAAAAGAGAGUUCAAAAAGUUUUAACCUCUAUUUCAAAUUGGAAUGGCAGAGCUGAAGCCAUCCUUACUGAUCCAGAACAGAUGCCUAGCAAGUUGGAUACGAAGAUAACCGCUAUCCAAGAACUUAUGGCUGAAACAGAUUCAUUAGAAGAUCUGCUUCAAAGCAUUGAGCAGACAAAGUCAGGGACACUUGCCGAUGCACAAGUUGAAGAGAUGGAUGCGGUGGCCAUGGAGUUCUUUCAGCAACAACGGACUCUAUCAGCCCAGAUGAAGAACUUGGAGCAAAUAUUGGCUAAGAGCGAUGAGAUUGAAAACCUUCUAACACAACUGGAAGGCGAAAUUCAAGCGCCGUCUAAGAAUUUUGAAGAAUUGGAAGCCACCUUCAACAACGGCCUCCCUAAACUCACUGCUUUAAUCAGUGACUUGGAAAAUUUGAUUCGGUCAGCUCCAGUGAAGACAUAUGUUCAAGAUCUCACAUUUGAUGAAUCUAAGGAGCGAAAAGCAGAACUUGCUGAUGCCUGGAAGUUUGCAUUAAGCCACGAUGCAGUUAGGCUUUACGACUUAGCUUAUGAUGGAAAACAGCCUUGCAAAUUCGUGACGCCUCUAAAAUUGGAAGUCGUCACCUCUCUGCAGACGUUGAAGACAAACCAUCGGAUGAAAGUUCAAGGGAAGCAAGAUCUAGAGGAGGCGUUUAACGUAGUUGAUGCGCUGAUAAUUGAAAUGGCAAGAUACUUCGAUGCAAUUGAAUCAGAUCUUGCCUCCGUCAAUGUGGAUCUGGUCAAGCGCGGUAUGGCGAUGUUUCAGGAUUUGGAGCAAACUCUUGAUGAGAGGUUGCCCAAGGACAUGGACUACCUUCGAGAUGUUCGAGAAGCUAUUCACCAACUUAUUCCAGGACAUUUGGAAAGGGUGCAACUGAUUGGAAAACUUGAAAAUAAGGUGACAGACGUUGAACAACGAUAUGAAGAUCUUCUCCAGCGAAAAGCUGCGAUUGAAGAGGAAUCUAAAAAAGCCUUAGCACGACUUCAGGGUUUCAAAGAAUUCACCGAGGUCUUGCAGAACGUUGUUGGAAAGGCGAAGGCGAAGCUUUUGGCCCUUGAAAAUGGACCAAGGGUAUCUGGUAAAUCCGCUCAGAAGGAUCUUGAAGCGAUAAACUCAUGGUACUCCGACUGCAAUGAUCUUAUCAAUAUGAUCAACGCUUGUCAAAAUGAGUCCAUAGGGCUACAAACUCUUCUUGAUGAUCCGGACUUCAAUGCACCCUCUGGAUGCGUAGAAAUACAGCAAGAGCAUAUAGAACUCUGUGAAAAAAUAAAUGACCUUUUUACACGAGCAAACGCCUUCAAAACUGACUUCAUUUUGUUCAAAGACCAUGAAAAAACAGUGGAACUGUCUCUUCAGGAGAUCAAGUCGUCCACUAGUAAACCACCCGGGGGAAGUCGUCACAGCCUUAUAGCCUCCUCCACCAUCGAUUUAUCCAGACGUGCAGAGGAGAUUGAAAAUCAACUCCAGGUUAAAGCAAGAACCACAGAGGUGCUCCAAGAAAUGCAAGCCUGUGUUGAUCGGAUUUCUGCCACUAGUCUAUCCACUGCUAAUGUUCGACUUUUUCAAGGAGAGCUGGAUGAGUUGAAGAAGAGAGUGGAGCUAGCAUUUACAGCGCUUUUAUCAGAACAUGGUGAGGUAACCAGGAGUCUAAAGGCUCAGUCUGAGGUGGAGGACAAUCUUCAAAGCUUAGAGGAAUGGUUAGCAAAGAUGGAAGACCAGGUUAGGCUGUCUUCCAUGGAGGCCUCAACGGCUCAAGCUGACCGCCAAAUUCUAAAGUCCGAAUUCACUCGUCUUACUAGUCUUUUCAAAGAAAUAUCAUCUACUGGAUCUCAGCGUAUCUCCAGCCUUCUCGCAAAGAGGGAGGAAGUGUCGGAUGAGACGACGAGAGAGAGAAAGAGAAGGUUGAAAACACGAUAUGAUGCAUUGGUGAAAAUUGCUUCACAGGAGCGGGAUAGAUGCUCUAAAGUACUGACGGCGUGGAAUGAGCUAGAUUCCAGCGUAAAUGCCUGUAAUACACUCUUGCAUGGUGUUGAGGGCAAGCUUGACAGAGUGGCAGACGACAAUGUUGAUCAAGAGGUGGAUUUGCUAAAGGACGCUCUCCAAAAUGCUUCAAGAAGAGGUCUGCAAAACCAAAGGAUUCUUGAGGAAGUUGAUAGCUCAUUGGGAGACGUUGACAAAGCCAUUCACCAAAUCCAACAAUAUCAACAACGGAAUCUUCCAUUGGGCUUGAUCUUGACCGAGGUGGAAGACCUACUUGAGCGCAGAAUGCAAACCAAACGACGUCACGAGGAAUUAAGCUCGGCUUCGCAGAGGAAACGCACCAUCUGGACGAAGCUUCAGGAUGCUCAUAAGACUUUUAACCAGCUAGUGGAACAGGCAAACUCGGACCUCCUUGCCUGUCGUCCAAGCUAUCCUGCCAACUUGCAUCCUCGCCAGUUAAAGCAGAUUUCUGAGGCUGUGGAAUCGAUUCGACAGAAGGAGGCUGUUUGUGCUAAGUUUGUGGAGGAAAUCAAGAAUGCCUUUUCAGCUCAUGUGGACUCAAAAGUGGCCGAGAUGCGCCAUUUGUGUGAUGAACUUGGUGAAGGUAUUGUAAGUUUGCUAGAAAUGGAGACUGGAAAAGUCCAAAAGAUAAAAUCAGACCUUGAUGAAGCUUUCUCAGCGCAAGCUAACAUUAGCAGAAAAGCUGAGGCACUAUGUUCCAGUUUCACUCGUGUUCGAAACGUUCUGGAAACAACCAACUCAAAAAUGGAUGAAUUGUUGAAAUUUAAGACUUCUAGAAGCCCUGAAGAUGUUUUCAAUGGAUUGAAAGGUCUUGCAGACUGCCUUGACCAAGAAGAACGGGAUGCAUUAAGCAACGUUACCACUGAUGUGGAGGAACUCCAAAAGGCCUUUCAUGUACCCCGUCAAGUUCCGCAAUUUCUCUGCAAGCUCCCCGACUCUCUUCAAGAGUGCUUUAGUGAGACGUCUAAACGUCUGGCAAAGGUUAGCUCAGAUGCCAGCGCUAAGGUGACAGAGUUGGAAGAUCUUUAUUUUUGUCUGCAGAAAGCCGUUUCUGAUCUGGAGACAGACGUUGACAAGAUUGUUGGGCUUCUGGAAGAGUGUGAAGAGGUGAGUUCACCCACCGAACUCCCUACUCUCCAGGCCAAGCUCAAAGAAUGUGAAGGCAGUUAUAAUUCUUCGGUGAGUAAGCUCAAACGUGUCAUAUCUCAGGCCUCAAAAGUCAAGUCAAGUGACAAGCUAACUGAUCUCCUUGCGGAGGCCUCGAGACUGCUAACAGAAGGUCAGAUUAAACAUGAUGCUGUGAAGACAAGGCUAAAACAACAGAAUGUCCAGUUUGAUCAAUUCACCAAGAGUGUUUCUGCUGCUUGCGACGCAGUCAAUGCAAAUAUCUCUUCACUUCAACAGAAUGUGCAUUUUCGACUACCGAUUCAAGACAUACAGGAACUUAAGGAGCGUUUAAAGUCGAUAGAGGUAUUAGAGGAGGACUUGGAGGCAGCCGAAGGAUCUACCCCUAUUGAAGUCUCUGUCUUAAAUACAAGCACCAUCUUGCCUGGAAUUGAGUCAAAGGUUAAUCACCUUCUACAGCAUACAAGCACAUUUUCUGACAUAUUCGUCGAUGAUGCACUCAGGCCAUUGCAGACAGCCUUGAAGACCUAUUCCGGGUGUCUAGACAAGGCCCGUGAAUCCCUAGAGGGUGUUAUCGAAGCAGCAUCAGCUUGGAUGGCUAAGUCCAAGGAAGAGAUGGAGGAGUUACGAACGGUUUCGGAAGAUCUAAAGAUCCUAGAUUAUUGCCCAAGCGUGGAUUUUGAUAGCUCACCGACAGCUCGUAUGGAAGGUCUUCAGAAAGCACGAGAUAUGGAAAGGUCAUGGUUGCCUCAGCAACUUAGACAGGUUGAAAAACUAAUUCGAGAAGCUAGCGCCAAUAUUGCUGCUGGAAUAGAUCUUGCAAACAUUGGGGAGAUCCGUGCAAGACUGGAAGAACUUCAAAAAUCUACUACUACAGUCAAGACAAACGUCUCUAAAGCGACACUACUGUGGGAGACGCGAGUUUCCGAAGAACGUGAGCUGAAACAACUUUCAGCAAUGGCUGAAGCUCUGUGUGAACGAUUCCGCAAGGAUCUUGAUGACAUAGAACCUCGUUACCGAUUUGUUUCAGCGCUGGAAGAGGAAGAAAUGUUGUCUCGUCUGCAUUUUCUAAAGGGACAAGUUCCUGUUGGCGAUGAAUUGUUGGCCAAAAUACGCUCGAUUGCUAGUUCAGACAAUUCAACACUUCCAACCCUGUCUUUUCUUUCAAUGUGGGAGAAUCUAGCCAAGCAUCGUCUAAACGCACUUAUCGAGGGUGUGGAAAAGGCUAUCUCUGAGAAGACGGGAAAAGAGAAGGAGAUUCUGAUGCUUCAAGCCUGGCUGGACGAAUUCCAACAUGUCGUACAACAAGCCACUAUUGACGCUCAGAGUUCAAACAAUAUUGCAGCGCUGAAUGACCAACUGAAGCAGCUGAAGUCGCAGAUGAGUCAAUGGGAGAGUUUGCAUUUUGGACCUUAUUCUUUGAAACCGGGAGCCAAGGAAAAGCUUACUAUCUUAGAAGGUCAAAGAGGCUCUAUUCAGAAGCAGCUUGAUCAGCUAGAACGUGUAAUUCAAGAAAAGGGGAACAUUCAAAAAGUUGUUGAAGAUCGACUUAAACAAGUCAUGUUGGAAGUGGAGGGUUUGUGCGCGGAACUUGAAAGUCGAUUUUUCAAUGCCUCGCAAAUUCAAGAAGCCACAAGUGCUGAAGAAGUGUGCACCAAUCUUAGAGGAAGCAGAGAAUCUUUGAAGAGCCUCUACGAACCAAAAAUUGAAAACGUCUUAGUAAAAGUGUAUUCCUUAGAAUGUGACGCUGCCAGCUAUCCAAGUUUGCUAGGAAGCCUUCAAGCCUGUCGACAGAAGGUGGAGGGGGCGAGGAAGACGUUGCAGAUUGUGGAUGGAAAUCUGUCAAGUCAAAUUAAUGCCUGGGAGGAUGUCCUUUCUACAGCCAAAAAGAUUGAUAAGUGGAUCCAUGAAAAUGAAACUGAGGGCUUAACGGAAAAACAAGACAACACUGAAGUUGUUGCAUUUCCUGUUGAAGCAUUCAGUAAGAUGGAGUCUCAACGGAAUACGAACCGACUGCAGAGCAUAGCAGAGCAAAGAUGUCUAGAGGUAUGCAGCGCUAAAAAUCGGCUGGACGCUUCAGCGACUGGGAAGGAUCAGUUGAGUCAGUUGCACAGAAAAGCUAAUCGAAUUACAGAGGAUAAAGUAGUGCUGAAGUCCAUGUUGGAUAAUUACGAAGCGAAGGUAAAUGAGAAGGUUGAUGAGCUUCAAUUCAAGUUGCAAGUGGCUGAGGAGGGUCUAAAUAGAGUAAAGAAGCUUCAGGUUGCUGUGAAUAAUCUGGAUGCUCUCGUACUCGAAUGCAACGAGGCUACAUCGACAAUGGAGGAGCUAAAUCGACUUAGUGAGAGUGCACAAACCCUGCUGGAAUCAGAGAUAAAGCCUCACGUCCAAGAUGACCUUGAAUUACGGGUUCAGCUAGCACGAGGACAACGUCUUUUGCAGAUCAUACAGACUUGGCAGCGAGAAAGACAGGCACAAGACCGACUAGUUGCUUCUGAACGCGAGUCUCUAAAAGUCCUGACCUCCAGCCUUCGAGAUUGGUUGCAGCACUGGAACAGAAGUCUUGAGGAAGCUCAAAACACCGCGGAUUUGGAAUUGGGUAUUCAGCUAACUGCCAGUAUUCCUUCCAACAAGUUUCGUUGCCUGGACAACGUCAGAGCUCUGCACCAGGAUGUACAAACGAAGAAGAGGGAGAUUGAAGAGGUGACGGAGAGGCGCGGAACCAGGAGUUUGAUGGAAAAUGAAGCAGAGGAUGCUGAACUGACUUCAUUGAGACGAGGAAUAGCAGCUGGUGAGCGCAAGGCGAGUCGGUGUGUUUCCGAGCUGACAGAGAUGUGCACGCAUAUAGAACGCCUUCGUGGAAGCCUCGCAAAAACGAAAGAGUGGAUUAAAAGCGUGAAAAAACGACUGGAAAGACUUAAAGCACUUCGAUCCAGACAUGACCCAAUCGACAUCGGAGAAGAUGGUCUUUCCACCGAGGAGAUUGAAGCAACAGCAUCUGAACUUCGUCAAAAUCAAAUCCACACUCUUGGUCUUCUACAAGCUUCUAUAAAUGCUUCAGAAGGUAGCAGUAGCAGCGCCUCUCUCCUUCAAGUAGCUCUCACUGAAGUAGAUAAGAUGGAUCAGGAGAUUGAUCAAAUGUUGACAGCGAUUUCGCAGGCAAAAGCCAGCUACGCAAACUAUUGUGCGCUGGUGGCAGGACUCGAAAGGUUAAUCCGAAAUUCCUCCGAAGCUUUGACAACCACUUCGGCUAGGGUUAACGAUUUACUGACCACAUAUCUUGGAAGUGGUGGACGCUUACCAGUUCUCUCCUCCGUAAAAAUAUCGUCGAGUCGUCUGGCACCACAGGUGGAGAGAAUGCGGAUAGAAUUGGCAAAUCUGGACGACCUGGGCUGGGUGGAUGGGGUUGAUAUGCUUGUGCAAGAGCUAAAAUUCGUAGAAGCCGACAUUAAGAUGAACGCGGCUCAGUUUCAAUCCAUGGUGGAUCAAUGUGGAGUCCUGCGUCGAGACCAUGGCGACGACUCACGAACAGCACAAGUGAAUCAGCUCUUCCAACAGAAUAAUCAACUAUUACGCGCUUGUGAGGAGCUGAUUGAUCAUUUCAGCACCGUGGCUGCUCAGUCGGCUAAGUGGAAUGUAACUUGUCAGGAUUUUGUCGGCUGGAUUGACAAGCAGGCUUCCAUACUAUCCAGACUUAACAAUUCACCAACAAACACCGUCCCAACUGAACAGUGUUUGACUGAACUGAAGAAGGUACAGGCAGGGCUAGACUCCAGUGUGGCUAAGCAACAGGCAGUGGCUGAUGAGACACAAAAGCUGACAAUCACGUUAUCCCGAGCAAUGCACUCCCUUGAUGCUACCUCUGCACUCAUUCCAGCGUCUUCUAUUCGUGUCUACCCAAGGCAUAGCUUCCGGCUGUCAGCGAGUUAUCGCUGGCAUGACAGUGUUAUGUCAGCGGUGGGAGUUUUGGAUGACUUAGCGAAGACAAUACCUAAUAAAAUAGCAGAGUAUGAGAAGCUGCUCGUGAAAUGGAAGGAGGUAAUGGAUAGACGGACAGGCCUUGUAAAAUGGCUUGACACGGCUGAAGCCAAAGUCAAUGAAAGUGUUCAGCUGAUCGAAAAUCAGGAGGCUACUGAAAGUGGGACAGUUUGGAACCAUCAGCUUCACGAAAUGCGAGCUCUUGAUUCAACGGUUUCCGAGAAAAGGAUAGAAAUGAAAAAAGUGGAAGAAGAGAUUUUUCGUUUUUCUUCGCAGACAUCUGGUCUCGCCAUGACGGAUACAGUCAACAGGCUGAAUGCUUUCGAAAAGCGUCUCAGAGAGUUGGCAGACGAUUUCAGACGGGUUUCACAUGACCUUAUGGCCUGGCUACAACGAAGGGAAAGUAGGAAUCCACAACCAGAUGCAGAGGAAGGCGCUUCGAAGUUGGAACAGUGCCGGAGCAUUGUGCAGCAAAUGGUUAUCAGGGUGAACAGCCAGUCGCAUCAAAGGCACUUUCCACGGAAGCUUGGAGAUACAAGCAAGUUGCUUCAAGAGCUAAGUGGAUGGAAAUCUACUGCUUCUACGCUUAUUUGUGACGUAGUUCGACAAUUCCAGACGCUGGAAGAGCAAUUCGGCAAAGCAACUAGUUCAGGAGACGGAGUGAGUUCUGCUCAAUGUUCUACAAUGGACUGGCCAUAUUUCUGCCGUCUUGUGCGUCAAAUUCAGAUCUACUUGGAUGAAAACCUCCCUGGUAUUCAUGGUCUUUUACCGACCCACGGAUAUGAUGAUACCGUCAGUAAAUUAGCCUUUGCCACGUCGACCCUUGCACGUUUGGAAGACUUCUCCGACUUAGCACCGACGACUCUGGAGGUUCUCAACAAAGGUCAGAUCAAAUCGGGCGGAUCAGAAACGAUUAUGCGAUUGGAGACCGCCAUAUCCAAGUUGAAGGAAUAUAUAGAAAAUCUGCGGCGUCUGCAAGAAGACUGGCGUAUAUAUGUUGCUGAUUUGGACAGCUUCCGGAGUUGGCUUUUUCAAAGGGCCCUCUUCAGUAAGCGUGAUCGUCAAAGGAGCUCCUUUGAGGAAAUUAAACAAGAAGGCGAACGGUUGAGGGGUCUUCGGGACACCUUCCGCAGACUCAGUGGAAAUCGUCUUCAAGUAGACUCGGAGUUGGAGAAGUUGGACAACGACUACAGAAACCUCCUUUACCGUAUGCGCCAUCGAGAGCCUCCAAGUCCGAGUUCGCACGGGAGUGCUGAACCCGAAUCUUUAAGGUAUUCCAGGAGUGGAGUUCUGGCAGACCUUCUGCAAACAGUGCAACACAUCAAAUCGGACGUGGAACAGGCAGACCUUCGGGCCGAGAGAAGACGCCUGGACCCUUCCAGAGAUGGAGGAGGCCCGUGCAAUCCCAGUUUUGAAUCACCACCACCUGCGAAAUUUAACUCCGAUGUGCCAACACAACGGAAUGCAUAG